AUGGAGUCAUCUUCGAGAAUAACCGUGACGCAGCGAGAACAAUCGAUGGUUAUGAGCGACGUUAAAAUGAUGUACGAGAUCUACGCCAGUGUUCCCCCCAAAACUCAGCGUUUAAUGAUGGAGCUUCAGCGUGACAAUCACAUGGAGUACUUGCUGAGAGGUCUCCAACAACUUGGCCCUUCCUUUUGCGUCUUGGAUGCUAAUCGACCUUGGAUUUGCUACUGGAUCCUGCAUUCAAUUGCUUUACUUGGGCAGUCUGUUGAUGCUGCAUUGGAAGAUAGGACCAUUGACUUUCUUAGUCGUUGUCAGGGCCCAGAUGGUGGAUAUGCUGGUGGACCUGGACAGAUGCCUCAUCUUGCCACAACUUAUGCUGCAGUGAAUGCAUUGAUUACUUUGGGUAGUGAUAAAUCUUUAUGGUCAAUUGAUAGGGGUAAAAUGUACACGUUUCUGAAGCACAUGAAAGACCCAAGUGGGGCCUUCAGGAUGCAUGAUGAGGGAGAAAUUGACGUUCGAGCAUGCUACACUGCUAUUUCAGUUGCAAGUAUGCUGAACAUUUUGGAUGAUGACCUUGUUCACAAUGUUGGAAAUUACAUCUUAAGCUGUCAGACCCAUGAAGGUGGUAUUGCUGGGGAACCUGGUUCCGAAGCUCAUGGUGGCUAUACAUUUUGUGGAUUGGCUACAAUGAUUCUGAUCAAUGAGGUUAACCGUUUGGAUUUGGCUGCCUUAAUUGAUUGGGUGGUAUUUCGACAAGGGGUGGAAGGUGGAUUUCAAGGGAGAGCCAAUAAACUUGUUGAUGGUUGCUAUUCAUUCUGGCAGGGAGGUGUAUUUGCAUUAUUACAAAGGUUUCAUUCGAUAAUUGGAGAAAGACUGACACAGUCAGGUCCUGGAGAAGCAGAGUACCAUAUUGAUAGUCCAGAAGCUACUCCAGAAUCAGAUAUAUCAGAAGGGAAAGAAAGUUCAGAUGGAACUUCAUCAGAAGGUGAUGAAGCUUGCCAUUUUCAACCGGGAGGCUCACAGAAUGCUCCCUGUCCAGUUAACUUUGACAAUGUUGGAUUUGUCUCGUCUGAGGGGCUUGCAGAAAGGGAGCCUCUAUUUCAUAGCAUUGCCUUACAGAGAUAUAUACUUUUAUGCUCACAGGACCCUGGAGGCGGACUCAAGGACAAACCUCGAAAAUCUAGAGACUAUUAUCACACCUGUUAUUGUUUAAGUGGCCUAUCAGUUUGUCAGUAUAGCUGGUUGAAAGAUGAAGAUGCUUCCCCGUUGCCCAGAGCUGUCUUAGGUCCACAUUCUAAUCUUUUGGAACCUAUUCAUCCCAUAUUCAAUGUUGUCUUGGAUCGUUAUCGUGAAGCUCAUGAAUUUUUCUCAAGGUCCUAAUGAAAAUCUUCUUAGCAAGAUUUUGUAGUUUGCCGGAUAUAUGAGCAAAUUCACAAUAUCCUACGAACUGUGUUGUAUAUGGAAGAUUGUAGGAGAAAUCGUAUUAGUGAAUUGUGACAGUGUAUAAUUUAAGCUGUAAUAUUUAUCCUGUAUUUUAGACUUUGUAAGUUUUAUUUUAUAAAUCAAAACAGAGAGCACAAGCACAUUGAUCCAAGGGAGCGGCUUCGACGGAUGCUUUAAACCAUUGAAGUUCACCUCUGUGAUGUGCCAAGUAUUUGAGUUUGAUCCACAGAUAAUGAUCUUGGAUUGAAUUAUAAAUGUUUGAAAGCAAUGGCAUUGGGCCAUGAACACCAAACUGGGUCUUGAAAAUUAGGCUUUGAAAAGUAUGGAGUGAAAGUAUUGGAAGAAUCAUUUGAGUGGAGCUUUUUAUGGGAGGGAAAGAGAGACAGAAAUUCCAUCUUUCAGCCCUAGGCCCUCUAGCAUAUAUCUUGACUUAACUCCACUGUGUCCUCCAUUUGUGUUUUCUUUUUGGUUUUCGCAUGUGAUAUU